AUGUUUAUUAAAGAUACUAUUGGACAAGACAUACAGCGUGUAUUCCGUAGUGAUAAAUCUCUGAAUGUUGAAGUUCUACCUGAACCUUAUGAUGGUGGUAGUCAGCCAGAAGCUGUAAACUUGGCAUUUUUGAUAAGUUUAUCUAUUACUUUUACUGUCAUAAUGAUAGUUUUAGUUGUAGCCGGGCUUUAUGUUAUGUUAACAGGAGAAGAUGAAGAUGAGUUUGAUAUGGAGGCAAAUAAUAAUGGUGCCUCUCAUACAAGACGUAUGAGGUCCAUGCAUAUGUUACUAGGGAAAAAGAAGCCAGGCUUGCUAUUAGACUCUAGUUUCACUUCACCGGGUAGAUUUGAUGAUGCAGAACAUUUGAGAGAAAGAGAACAGACUGAGCUACCAAAAAUGUCUAAUUUUGAAGUUGCUUUGUAUAAAAGAUCUAAAGAAUAUAAUAAGAUGGUACCACCAAUAAUUAAAGAACUAGGUACUUAUUUACACAAGAGUGAUUUAAGAUUUAUUAAAGAUCGAGGUAUUCAAAGUUACUUCUUUCUACCAAGUAUUAAUGAUAAUGUUGAUAUAAAUGGGAAUUUUCUACCCAGUUUUUUGGUGCAAGAUAAAUUGGAUAUUUUGUUUACUAAGAAUAAUCAAAGUUCCAGUACAAUUUCGAAUUAUCCAUUACCAAUAAAUAAAAGGGAUGCAGUUUAUUUUGAAGUUAAAAUUUAUAAGUUUCCAAAACCUUCAAAUACUAUCUUUAGCAUAGGUUUAGUUACCGCACCUUAUCCAUAUUUUAGAAUUCCUGGUAUGUCAAAAUAUUCAAUUGCCUACGAAUCCACAGGUAAAUUAAGAGUUAAUAACCCAUUUACCGCAAAUACUUUACUACCUAAAUUGCAAGAAGGGGAUGUUGUUGGUUUUGGUUAUCGAUACAAAUACGGUUCUAUUUUCAUCACCCAUAAUGGUAAAAAACUAAUGGAUGUAGCGGAAAAUAUUGCUAUUGAUUUAUUUGUUAGUAUAGGUGCAAUGAAUGCCUCAUAUACCAGAACAUAUACGAGAGAUGGUUUAUUAGAAGAUCCAGAUAAUGUUGAACUAAGAGAUGCACUAUCAAACGGCCAAGAUAUAUCAUUGCCUGAAAAGCUAGAUAGAACAUUUGAUGUUAAAGAUAGUAAUAAUUUAGUAGAAAGUGAUGAAGUUGAACUACAGGUCAAUUUAGGGCAAAUUGGAUUUGUUUUCAUUGAAGCAAAUGUGAAAAAAUAUAGUUUUGGUAAAGUUUUUGGUGAUAUUGGUAUUCCACCAUCUUAUAAUGGAGAAGAAACUAAAAAAGAUUUAGUUUUACAGAAGGGUGAUGAUCUACCACCAAAUUAUUUGUUCGAUGAUGAAGAAGUCGAUGUUGGGAUGUCUACAAGUAACGCAGCACUUCAAAGACAGCCAACAACAACCAAUAAUAGCACAGAAGGUGGGUCGUCACGUAGAGGUUUAGAUUCUGGAAGAGGCACCUCUGUAACGGAAUCGGAUCAAAACACUGAUGUUCAGUUCAAUGCGAAAACAAUAUUAGAUAUGCAAAACGAAACAGAUGAACAAGAUGAAAAUACUCCGCUUUUAAAUACAGUAUCUACUAAUAAUGAUGAAAGUCAUGCUGAUAAUAACGAUAAUAUUAAUGAUGAUCCCACUAGUACUUUAAUAAAAAAAACACCCUCUGGGAAGAAAACAAAGAAUAAAAAAAUAAAAAGAAAGGUAAAAGAGGUAGAAGACAUUAAGUUAGAUUUUGUUAGUUCAUAA